AGGGAGUUAACUAUAAAUCUAUUUAUUCUGAUUCCGUUACUUAAAGUUACCUUUGACAGAAUUGUGUUGUAAACAAUAUAAUUAAAUAUUAUGAAUAGGCUCUAGGCCUAUAAGAUUCUAGUCUACCUAUAAUCUAGAUCUAAUUACUCUUGAAAUACAAGACAACGUGGAUAACAUACAAACUAUAGGGUAGAGAAUAACAAUGACCGUCAAGUGAAUGCUGUACUCCAGUUUAAUUGGGAAAAGAUUGCCUUGCCCAUGUAUAGUAAACGGUAAUGGACAGCUCAAGAUCAGAUUACAAUGCAAGAGGAAAGAAAGAAGAAAAGUACAAGGGAGAUAAUGACACCUCUGAAUAUGGCAGAGAUAGGUAUCAGCCAAGAAUGUACCGUGGAGGCCCAUCUGACAGCAGCAGGGGAAUGGGUGGACGAGGAGGGAGAACUUCAGACAGGUCAAAAUAUGAAGACAGGGGAGACUACAGAAGUGAAAGGAAGGACAGAUAUGACCGGGACCUUAAAUAUGGCAGAGACAGGGCUGACAAAGACAGGAGAGGAGAUAGCAGGAAAUCAUUUGACAGAGAUGCAAAAAUCCCUCCGCGUGUUGAAGACCGUAAACUUGUUCCUAAAGAGCAGCCUGUUAUAAAGAAAGUUGAGGCUGAAACUCCCAAAGGUGAAGAAGAAAAACAGCUGACAGAAGAUGAAAAAAAACAGUUGGAAGAGGAGAAUCAACGACGGGAAGAAGAAGAACGGGUCAAAAGAGAAGAAGAAGAAAAGAAAAAAGCUGCUGAAGAAGCAGAAAGGAUCAAAGCUGAAGAGCUGCAUGCCUUAACAGACUAUAUAAAUGAAACAUUAGAAAGAAACAACAUCAAAGCAGAUGCUAGGGCUAUUAAUUUGGCAGCCUCCGAGAACCGCCCAGACGAAUCUUUCUUCACUAAAUUAGAUUCCAGUUUGAAGAAAAAUACAGCCUUCAUCAGGAAACUGAGAAAUAUGACUGAAUCUCAGAAAGAUAGUUUGAGUAAAGAGUUUUUGGGUUUAAAUCUUACUAAAUACAUUGAGGAAGUGGCAGGGGCCAUCAUAGAUGCCAAACUCAAAAUGACAGAUGUUCCUUGUGCUAUCUAUAUUUGUGGUCUUUUACAUCAACGAUAUGCAGAUUUUAGUCAUUCACUUAUUGAUGUUUUCAAUAAAAAUCUUCUAUCAAAGAAGGAUGAGAAGAUCACAAAUGCUAGCAAAUACAGGGUGGAUCUGAGAUUUCUUGGCGAGCUAAUUGCUUAUGGGGUUUUUACUGCAAAAGAGGGGUUACCGAUUCUAGCCAAUCAGCUGUCAAUUCUUGUCAACUCAGACAGGGAUGAGCACAACUACCUUCCAAUCAUAACCAGCUUUUGUAAACAUUGUGGGGAUGACUACACAGGAAUUAUUCCUAGAAAAUUCAGGCUGUUGUCUGAGAAGUACAAUAUGGAUAUUUCAAAAAGUCAGCUCCUGCCACCUGAUAGGCAGAAAGGUUGUCGAAAUCUUCUAAAAGAUUACUAUGCAUCUUUGGUGAAACAUGUUACAACAGCUCACAAAGAGUUGAAGUCAAUGGAAAGGCACAAUAGAAAAAUAAUGCAGUCUAAAGGCGAAAUAUCUACUGACAAGAAAGAGGCUUAUGAGGCUGCUUUUGCUGUAUUCCAAAAACUUUCCUCCAGUGCAACAGUUCUAGCAGAUCUCUUAGAUGAAGAUUUUCCUGAAUUUCCACAAGAAGAGUACACAGAAGAUGGCAAUGGUGUUUUGGACAUUUUUAAUCCAUUGAAAGAUGCAGAGUUUCAGUAUGACGGGGACAAAACUCUGUUUGAAGAUGAAGAUACCAGGUCCUUCUAUGAGACCUUACCAGACCUGCGAGCUUUCAUACCCAGUAUUUUGUAUAAAGACAGUGAAAACACUCAUAUAAAAGAUGAUUUAAAAAAUGCAGAUACAGGCCUAGAAGAGGAGAUGGACCAGCUUGCAGUAGAUGAUAUAGAAAAGGAGCUGGAAACAGAGCAGAUAGAGGAGACCAUGAAAGAGGCAGAGAGGCAGGAGGCUGGGGUGGAUGGGGCAGCUGAGGCAGAGGAGGAAAGAUUUACUUUACCUGAACCAGAGGAGGAUGAUACAGAGAGUGGAACUUUGUUAAGGGUACAGUUUGAAUCUUUCCUGGCUUCAUUACCGAAUUCCGUCAACAGGGAUAUCAUAGAUAAGGCAGCAAUAGAUUUCUGUAUGACUUUCAACACAAAAUCCAAUCGCAAAAAACUUGUAAAGGCACUUCUGUCUGUACACAGAACAAGAUAUGAUCUCUUACCAUUUUACUCAAGACUGGUUGCCAUAUUGCAACCAUGUAUGCCAGAGCUUGCCUCUGACCUUGUUCAAGCACUCAAAUCAGAUUUUAAGUGGCAUGUUAGGAAAAAAGACCAGAUAAACAUAGAAUCAAAGAUAAAAAUAGUUAGGUUCAUUGGUGAACUAGUAAAAUUUAAAGUCUGUCCUAAGAUUGAAGCUCUUCAAUGUUUAAAGAUGCUGAUGUUUGAUUUUCGCCACCACAAUAUUGAAAUGACUUGUGCGCUUUUGGAGACAUGUGGCAGAUUUCUUUAUAGGUCACCAGAUUCACAUUAUCGUACAAAGAUAUAUUUGGAAGUCAUGAUGAGAAAGAGGUCAGCCAUGAAACUUGAACCCAGAUAUGAGUCUAUGAUAGAAAAUGCUUUCUACUACAGUAAUCCUCCAGAGGUUCAGGCUGUGGCUAGGAAAGAGAGGCCACCAAUGCAUGAAUACAUCAGGAAACUUUUAUACAAGGAUCUCUCCAAAGUCACUGUUGAAAAGGUUCUUCGUCAGAUGAGGAAGUUAAAAUGGGAUGAUCCUGAGAUUGCUUUUUAUGCAACCAAAUGUUUGACCAGUGUUUGGAAUAUUCGCUACAACUCAGUUCACUGUGCAGCAAACUUGUUGGCUGGUAUUGCUCCAUUUCAUGAACAUGUUGCUAUUCAAGUUGUUGAUGGUGUGUUAGAAGAUAUUCGCCUUGGAAUGGAGAUAAACCAUCCAAAGUACAACCAGCGCAGAGUUAGUUGUGUGAAGUAUCUUGGGGAACUCUACAACUACAGGAUGGUGGAGUCCUCAGUUAUCUUCAAGAUGCUCUAUUCCCUCAUUACAUUUGGAGUUUCAUUUGAUGAUAAAGUUAGCAUCUUGGACCCUCCUGAGCACUUGUUCAGAAUACGCCUAGUUUGUGUUAUUCUAGAAACGUGUGGGCAGUUCUUUGACAAGGGAUCCAGCAAAAAGAAAUUGGAUUGUUUCCUUGUUUAUUUCCAGAGGUACUAUUGGUUCAAGAAAAGUAACCCAGUGUUUGAUGAGCAGCAUCCUUUCCCUAUUGACAUAGAGAAUCUAAUGAAUGAAACAAUAGAAAUUGUCAGGCCAAAGCUAGUACAGUACAAAUCUUACCAGGAGGCUUGCGAUGCUGCUGAGAAACUGGAAGUGGAAUACAAGGCUAAAAUUGCCAGUGUGCUAUCUAUUAUUGAAACUGGCGAUGAAGGACAAGAUAACGGAGAGGGAUUUGAUGAGGAGGAAGAGGAUGGCCUGUCCACAAUUGUUGAAGGUGACGAGAUGGACGAAGACCUGACUCUGUCUGGUGGUGUGACAGAGGGCUCCGGGACACAGGACAGUGAGACAAGCAUGAGUGGUGCUGAUGCUGAUGAGCAUGAAGGAGAAGGAGAAGACGAGGGUUCCUCAAGUGAUGAGUAUGAUGAUUCUGAUGUUGGUGAUGAAGAGGUGAAGGUUGUUAAACCCAAGACGACAACCAGCAAAGAGGAUGAAGAUUUUAUGGCAGCUUUAGACCAGAUGAUGAAUGACACAAUCCAGGCUAGAACUCAAGAAGUGAUUAAAGUACCACAGUUGGACAUAGCACUUCCUACUCAGCUCAAAAACAAAAAGAAAUGUACAGGCAACAUUAUUCCAGCCUGGUAUGUUUCAGGCCACAGUCCUGCAGACAAGGAGGAAGAAGAGGCCAACUCUGGACUCAAGUUUGUUUUGAUGACCAGGAAGGGCAACAAGCAGCAGUUGACAGAUUUUGAAAUUCCCAUGACAGCAGAGUUUGCUACUAAGUUCAAGGAACGAGAAGAGGCUGAGAGAUUAGAAAAAGAGAAAAUGAAACAGAUGGUCCUUAAUUUCCACGAGAGACAGGAAGAAGAAGAAUAUCAAGAAGUACUGGCCAGCUUAAAUCGCACAGCAACGACAAAUGUGAACAGAGAGAGAAAAGUCAAAUACCAUCACCCUAAAGGUGCCCCUGAUGCAGACCUAAUCUUUGGAAACAAGAAGCGUUGAAGAUGAUGGGACAAUGGAAUAGGCUGCUGGUUUAACCCAAAGAACCUGGACACCUGGCAUCCACCAGGGGCGUCCACUCUGUGCACUCACAGGUGUCUGCAUUACCUGCAUUCUUAUAAUGGGGAAAACAAGUUGCGGACAAACGGUUCAAAUGAGUGAUGACUUGCGGACCCACCUUCUCCAAUAGAAGUAGACAUUGUAAACUCUCCAUCAGGGACAGCCUACUCUGCUUAAGUUAAUCAUACGAACACUCAGUUGAAAAGAGCAGGGCUGCCCUGAUAUAAAGAUUUUAUAGAAUGGCUCAAAAGUGAUGGACACUGUUUAAGAAUAAGGACUGGAUUAGUGAUGAUGUUGGUUAUUAAGGAUUGGAUUAGAAUCUGCUUUUUAAAACUAUCUAACUCACCUGUUUGCAUACCAAAGGAUAUUCUUUGAAGAAUAGGUUUUUGGUUCAUGUAAAAAACAACAACUCAAGUAAAUGUUGGAGUGAUUUUAUUUUUUAAUGUUAGGAGAGUCAAGUGAAAAGAUUUUUUACUAAUAGUGACAAUAUUGUUGCUAUAUGCUAAAAGUUAUAAAUUAAUAAAUUGUGGAUA